AAUAAAGUGUAUGAAAAUCUUAUUCAGAUGGAGCAGUACAAAAACAGAAAUCUUUUGAGAAAACUGUAUAACAGUAUCUAAUCACUGAUGAUUAAAACGAUCAGUGGCAAAACAGGUCUACAACAAUCAGCAUAGAUGUCAAAAUGUCUAGCAGGUUUACAAAAAUCAGCAUGAUGUCAAAAUGUCCAGUAGGUCUACAACAAUCAGCAUGGAUGUCAAAAUGUCUAGCAGGUCUACAACAAUCAGCAUGGAUGUCAAAAUGUACAGUAGGUCUACAACAAUCAGCAUGGAUGUCAAAAUGUCCAGUAGGUCUACAACAAUCAGCAUGGAUGUCAAAAUGUCUAGUAGGUCUACAACAAUCAGCAUGGAUGUCAAAAAGUCCAGCAGGUCUACAAAAAUCAGCAUGGAUGUCAAAAUGUCCAGUAGGGGUACAACAAUCAGCAUGGAUGUCAAAAUGUCUAGCAGGUCUACAACAAUCAGCAUGGAUGUCAAAAUGUCUAGCAGGUCUACAACAAUCAGCAUGGAUGUCAAAAUGUCCAGUAGGGGUACAACAAUCAGCAUGGAUGUCAAAAUGUCCAGCAGGUCUACCAUGAUCAGCAUGGAUGUUGAAAUGUUCAGUGGGUCUACAUCAAUUCGCAAGGAUGUCAAAAUGUCCAGUAGGUCUACAACAAUCAGCAUGGAUGUCAAAAUGUCCAGCAGGUCUACCAUGAUCAGCAUGGAUGUUGAAAUGUUCAGUGGGUCUACAUCAAUUCGCAAGGAUGUCAAAAUGUCCAGCAGGUCUACCAUGAUCAGCAUGGAUGUUGAAAUGUUCAGUGGGUCUAUAUCAAUUUGCAGGAUGUCAAAAUGUCCUGUUCUAUACAGCGAUCAGAGAAAGUGUCAGAAUUUAUAACAUGUCAUGAUAAAGUCCAGGUCUAUACAGCAAUCAAUGAGGAUACAAUAUGUCAUAAUGUCCAGGUCUAUACAAGAAAGUUACAUUAGGUUGACAUCCUUCUGGGAAAUCAUGGUGGUUCACUUCGUUCCCACUAACACGAUCCAUAUAUUCAACUCGUACUCCAACACCAAGAGCAUUUGUUAUGGCUAUUAUGUGAAUAUGGU